AUGGCAAAUGAUUUAAUGGCUAAAAGUGAAGCUAAUUCGUUAUUAAACGAAAUUAGUAAUUAUGAAUUUAUACUUAGCCUUGUUAUAUGGUAUGAUAUUUUAGAAAAGGUGAAUAUUGUAAGUAAGAAUCUUCAAUCCCAGAAUAUGGAAAUCAGAACUUCUAUAAAAAUGGUAUACGGUCUUUUAGAACAUUUGAAACAAUAUAAAACAACAGGAUUCAAUUCUGCAAAAAAUAAAGCAAAUAAACUGGCUUCAGAAAUAGACAUCCCAAUUAUUUUUAAGUGUUGUCGUAUAAGAAAGAAAAAGAAGAUGUUUAGUUAUGAGCAUGACGAUGAACCAAUUUCAAAUGAGGAAGAUCGUUUUCGCAUUGAUUAUUUUCAAGUUAUUGUUAAUCGUGCAAUAGAAUCUAUUAAUAAACGUUUUGGACCAGUUAGAAUCAUAUUCGAAUAA